UCCUUCAUAACCCUCGAGGAGCACUGGCUCGCGCCGUCCUUCCAGGAGCUGUACCUCGAAAACAUCGCCACGGAACUCCAGGGGGUCCGCAGCCGCAUCCCGCGCCUGGUGGAGGUCGGCCCGGAGCGCAUCGCCGCCAUGGACGAGGGCAACGUGGCGAUCCAGGUCGUGUCGCACGUGGCAACGUCGCAAAAGGCCAUGCGCCUGACCGAGGCCGUGCGCGCCGCCAACGACGCCCUGCACGCGCGCGUGGUCGACCCGGCCAACGACGGGCGGUUCCGCGGCUUCUGCGCGCUGCCCAUGGCGUUCCCGGCCGAGGCGGCGGCCGAGCUGCGCCGCUGCGUCGCGGAGCUCGGGUUCGUGGGCGCGCUCGUCGACCCGCACUUUGCCCCCGACGGCGGCGACGGGUACUACUUUUACGACUCCCCGGCCUACGACGUCCUGUGGGCGGCGCUGGUGGAGCUCAAUGUGCCCAUCUACCUGCACCCUUGCUACCCGCCGCAGGACGAGAUGCUCAAGACGGGCGGGCUCUACGCGUCGUCCCUGCCCGGCACCAACGAGUCGUCGGUCCUCUCGGAUUCCGACGCCGUCCGCCUCGGCACGUCGACCUGGGGCUGGCACUCCAACGCCGGCCUGAGCUUCCUCAAGCUCUUCGGCGCGGGGGUGUUUGACCGCCACCCGCAGCUGCAGGUGGUGCUGGGCCACAUGGGCGAGCUGGUGCCCUACUAUCUGGGCCGGGUGGCCUCCCGCCUGCAGAGGGCCGGGGAGACGUCGACCGGCCGCAACGUGACCGACGUGUACGCCAACAACGUGUACGUGACCUUUGGCGGCUAUUUCAGCCUGGCGGCCAUGUACACGCUGCUCGAGGUGACGAAUGCCACCCGCGUGAUGCACAGCGUGGACUAUCCCUUUGGGAACAACACCCAGGGCAAGGAAUUUAUGGAAAGCCUGAGGGAGAGUGGCCUGGUGACUGAGAAUGAGUAUAGGGAUAUUGCCUUUCGGAAUGCGAAAAGGCUGCUGAAGAUUUAG